AUGCGGCGGGCGCUGCGCGGGCGGCGCGGGAUUCGCGGGCGCGGAGUGCGCGGGCGCGGGCGCGGCGUGCGUCAGCUGCGCCAGCACGAGAUGCGGGCGCGCGGGCGCGGCGCGGCGCAGCGCCAGCUGCUGCAGCUGCAGCGCGCGCAGCGCCGCGCCCUCUCCGCCACCUCCGCCUCCACCCCGCCUCCGCCGCCUCCGCCGCCUCCACCGCCUCCACCGCCUCCACCGCCUCCACCGCCUCCACCGCCGCUCGCUGCGCCCUAA